CUCUCUCCUCGCUGCACACACCACGGCACACUCGAGUCCGAGCUGAUAUCCUGCUGCGGCCAUGUCCUGGCUCCCACCUGUGGCGCCACCGACCCUCACCUCGUCCGCUGCCGGCGAACAGGAGACGGAGACGGAGACGGAGUGCGCCCAGCCCGAACGGACGGAGGUGCGACACAAGCAGCGGGAGGGAACGAUCGCCGCACCGUCGCCAGCACGGCCGGGCAUCGCCGCCGCCCCCGCCGCCGCCAACAUCCAUGCUCGUACGACUACCGCGCUGCCGCCCUCGCCGCCGCCGACGGUAUCGACGCCCGACAUCGACGCCCUCCUCCCGCCGCCCGUGACCGCCUUCCGCGCGGGUCGCGGCGCCUCGUCGAGCACGCUCGCGCCCGAGACCGGGGGGCCGACGAGGACGAGGAAGUCGCUCCGGGUGACGCUCGAGGAGGAGACGCGCGGACGGGGGGGCGGGACGCUGCGCGUGCACUGGGCGCGGUUCAAGCGGCGCUGGGGCGAGGGCACGCUGCCGAGCGAGAGCAGCGUGCACGAUCAGAGCACGGGCGCCGGAUCGAGCAACGUCGCGCCGCGGCGGAGCGGGGUCGGCGAGCGCGAGAAGAACGCGGAGGGCACGGAGGAGGAGGGGGAGGGGGAGGGGGAGGACGAGGAGACGGUGGACGAUGUCGUGGUGGACCGGGUGUGGGCGGAGGAGAUGCGGAGCAGCGUGACGAGCGAGCAUGGGCAGAGCCAGAGCAGCCCGCAGAAGACGCCGACUCAGCCGCCCGCGGUGUUGAGCGUGACGGCGACGGCUACGGACCACGAGAGCGACGCGUACGGGUUCUGGGGGAGCUGUCGGGCGCUUGCCGUCUUACGAUGGCGACUCUGGCCUGCGGUCGCCCACUUUUUCUACAACCGGUUCCUCGACUCCAAGGCAGAGGAGCACUACCGGCGCGAGGCCUGGUUUCACUCCAGGGGCCUCGCGAUCUGGUCCGCCGUCUUUUUCCUCGUCAACUGGAUCCUCGGCGCCGCCCUCGUCCCGCAUCCGCUCGUCCUCGCCGAUAAGAUAUUCUACUACGGUGCGGCGCCGGCGCUGACGGUCCCCCUGCUGCCCAUGGUCGUGUACGACUUUCCCCGUUCGCAUCCAAAGGUGUAUCAAUCGCUCCUAUGCGUCUCUGCUUGGUCUUGAUCAUGUUCAUACGGUGGUGUGGGAAAUACAGUCCAAAGCAUAUGCACUUCGAUUGUGGGACGAAGGACUUCUUGGCGACGUUUUAUUAUACGUCGGCGUUGCAGACGAUUGCGCUGUUCGGGCUGAAGAUGAACAGGUUGCCGGCGCUGUGUGGUGCGCUGUUCGUCUGCGUUUCGAUGUGCGCGUUGAUCGUUCCCGAUCGAAUUGGAUGGAUACGGAAUGUUAUCAACUUUGUGGUAUUCCAAGGCUUCCUGUUAUAUGUGCAUUAUAUGCGAGAAGUGUCGGAGCGCCGGAUGUACAACCUCCGCGACCAGUUGAAGAUUCAGUUCCGCGCGACGCAGAAGGCGCAGGUGAACGAGCGCAAGGCGGCGGACUCGAAGCGGCGACUGACGUCGUACGUAUUCCACGAGGUGCGCGUGCCGCUCAACACGGCGCUGCUCGCCGUCCAGAACAUAGACGCGGGCGGGGUCGUGCCGAAGGAGCACGAGAUCGAGUUCAGGGCGUUGGAGGGGAGCCUGAGCAUGAUGUCAAAAGUGUUGAACGACGUGCUCGAUUUCAAUCGGAUGGACGCGGGCCGAUUCGAGAGCGUGCAUAAGCCGUACGCGUUCCAUCAGGUCAUGGAGGGCAUGAUGGUCCCGCUCAAGAUCGCCACCGAUGCGCGGGGGCUGGAGCUGGUCACCGAGUUUGACCGGAGCAUCGACUGGGUGGCGAAGCGGGCGGCGUACCAGGCGAUGGGCCACGACGACGCGACGGUGUCGCGCAUGCUCGCGGAGCGGGCGGAGGAGGGCGGGGUCGUCGUCGGCGACGAGACGCGCCUCCGGCAGGUGAUCACGAACCUCGCGAGCAACGCGACGAAAUUCACGCAUACCGGCGGGCGGCUCACGAUCCGGACGACGCUCGUGUACCCGGAGGUGCACACGCCGUACGGCGUGCAGACGCAGGUGGGUACGCCGUACGCGCGCCCGGAGCCGGACGAAGGUGACUACUUUGGGGCGCGCGCGGGGUCGGGGAAGGCGGAGAGCCCGGGAGAGGACGACGAGGGGGAGGUGCCGAUGCGGGGCGCGCUCCCGCUGUCGCAUAGCCACCUGAGCCAACAUAAUCUGCACCACGAUCGGACGGCGUUGCAGUGGAUAGUGGUGAGGAUCGAGGUGAGCGAUACGGGGUGCGGGAUACGCCGGCGGGAUAUGCAGCAGAGCAAGCUGUUCUCGGCGUUCAAUCAGACCGAGAUGGGAAGGCAACAAGGCGGCAAAGGCACCGGUCUUGGACUGGCGCUUGUCAGGCAGAUCGUCAAACUCUCGGGAGGCCGAUUGGGCGUAAAGUCCAAGGUGAACGAGGGAUCGACGUUCUGGGUUGAGCUGCCGCUGGGCGUUGGAAGCAAAGCUCUCCAGUCGAUGGAUCCGUUGUUCAUGGAGAACGAUGCCGCUGCGACCUUGGAGCAGCAACUACUCGAUCCGAACGAACAAUGGGCAACGAAGACGGACCCGAGGCAGAAAAUCACGCAACCGCCGCCAGGAGCUGUACCGUCGGCCCUCACCAGUGUCAUGGAGCAAGGAGGGCUAUUCGAGCUUGGGACGAAUCGUCGUCAAUCCGGUAUCGUCACCCGUACGAUCGGCGACCCAUCCACGGGCACCGACGUGUCCCUUCUCGUGGACAACUCCGAUGAUGCCCUCGAUCCCAGUUCUCCGCCAGGCUUCUCACAUAGGUCAUCCUCCUCGUCGAGUAUGAGCGCUAUAGUUCGCCCGGCCCAGCCGCGUCCGAAUUUUGUCGAGUUGCCGCGCCCCCCGAACUUUUCUGCGGACAGUGACGCGACAGCCGUCGAUCCGUCCCCGGCCGGUUCGGAUCGAUCCAAGCUGACGGACCCUCCGCCUUCCGCCACGACGAGCGUGUCCGCAACGCCGUCGUUCGAAAAGGGCAUGCACGUGCUCGUCGUAGACGACGAUACCCUGACGCGGAUGCUCAUGAAGCGCAUGCUAAUGCGGUUAGGGUGCCACGUGUCGACGGCGGAGAAUGGCGAGAUCGCGGUGGAGAUGAUCACGGGCGGCUUGCGGCCUACGCCGUCGUCGGAGGGCUCGUCGAAGCGCAUCGGCAACGAGCCCGGCAGCGGCGGGGAGGACAGUGGCGGCCAGGAGGGCCGCUUCGCGGCGGUGUUCCUCGAUAACCAGAUGCCGGUGUUGAGCGGGAUACACACGAUCGCGCGCCUGCGUGAGGCGGGGCGGAAGGAUUUCGUCAUCGGGGUAACGGGAAACGCCCUCCUCGGGGAUCAAGAAGAGUUCCUUGAGGCCGGUCAGUUGUUUGCUCCCGAUGUCAUGAGCGAGGGCUCAUUCAUUGGCCCGUUCGUCGGCGCUCCCCUUAUAGGUGUCGAUCACGUCCUGACCAAGCCGGUUCUGGAGCGAAGUCUUCGCAAUAUGCUCGUCCUCGCGGACGAACGUCGAAAACGCGCGGUUGCGCCUUCAUGAGGUUUUCAUCUUGUUUUUGGGGCUCUUGAGCGACAUGGUCAGGUUCUAGGGUUACGUUCAUACGCGUUGUGGUAUAUAUUGCUUUCAUUCUCUCUUUUAGGGACAUGGACGCUCCAUUUAGUAUGCUAUCAUCUAGUUGCAGUCGCACCAUACAAUCAUGUACACUUCCAUCAUCGCAUGCACAUACAAGUUUUUACUCGUUUCU